AUGUGUGGGAUCUGCUGUGUGGUCAGUUUGACCACACCGCAUGAUCCACUGGAGGAGAAUGUGCAUAAAAAUCUCAAACACAGAGGACCCAAUUGUAGCAAAGACAUUACAGAAGAAAUCUCAAACUGCAGUCUCCUAUUAUCUGCACAUGUACUUCAUAUGAGGGGUUGCUUGACCCCUCAACCUCUUCAAGAUGACAUUGGCAACAUGCUUCUCUGGAAUGGAGAGGUGUUUGGUGGUCUGAAAAUAGAGCAGGAAGAAAAUGACACCAAAGUUCUUCUUCAUCAACUGUCAGAAGCAAGGAGUGCCUCAGAUAUUGUAUGUUUAUUAUCAAAACUCAAAGGACCGUGGGCCUUUAUCUAUUACCAAAGCUCUGAGCGCUGCAUCUGGUUUGGGAGAGACUUUUUUGGGAGAAGAAGUCUGCUUUGGAAAUUCAAUCCUGAAAGAGCUUCUUUCACGCUCUCAUCCGUUGCUUCCCAGCCAGAAGAUGAUAGUCAAUCUCAAUGGCAGGAGGUACCACCUUGUGGAGUUUACAAGUUUGACCUAACAGAGACUUCACCAAUUGGGACAUUUAUUUUUGAACUUUAUCCAUGGAUUUUCCACAGUGAUGACAAGCCAAACGAAAGUCUGGAAUCGAAAUGUGAAGGUCUUUCCAGAUGUGUUUCUGUGAACACAAAUAGUUCUGGACUUUACCUGACCUCCCCAGUUUGUCCGAUGAACACAUCAAUUUCAUCACCUACAGCUGAACAAGAUCUUAACACCUCUCAAACCUCUGUUGAAAAUUUGAAGGCAUUCCUAACAAACACUGACAAGAAAGCAAUGGUUGGUGCACUCAUUGAUGUUCUAAGCGAGUCUGUUCGUAAGAGAGUGCAGUACUUACCUGCUCAGGAUGCACCGGAGGUCGCCUUAAAUGAAACAAAAGCUGACAUUGCCAUUCUUUUCUCUGGAGGAAUUGAUUCAAUGAUACUAGCUGCCCUUACUGAUAGGCACGUUCCUGCAGACAAGCCCAUUGACUUGCUCAAUGUUGCUUUCAAAAUGCAAGAAGCAAAAAUGCCUCCCAAGUCCAUGAAGAAAGGUAAAAAUAAGAAGACCGACUGUGAUGAUGCUGAUAAAACGCAAUUGGGUCAGCAGAAGUUUAAUCAGUUUGAUGUGCCCGACCGAAUAACAGGGAGAGCAGGUCUGCAAGAACUUAAGGAUCUCAGUCCAAAGCGCCACUGGAACUUUAUCGAAAUUAACGUAACUCAAGAGGAGCUUGUGGACAUGCGACAGAAACGCAUCUGUCAUUUGGUGCACCCUUUGGACACUGUUCUGGAUGACAGCCUUGGAUGUGCUAUUUGGUUUGCUGCCAGAGGAAUUGGUGUCAUAAAUGAGGCUGUUGAUGAAGAACUUUAUAUUUCAGAAGCAAAGGUGGUUCUGACUGGCAUCGGGGCAGACGAACAGCUGGCAGGUUACUCCAGACACAGGGUUCGAUAUAAACACUCAGGACUUGAAGGACUUGUCAAAGAGCUGGCUAUGGAACUGGGUCGAAUAUCCUCACGAAAUCUUGGAAGAGAUGACCGAAUCAUUGGGGAUCAUGGAAAAGAGGCCAGAUUCCCAUACUUGGAUGAAGAUGUAGUCAGUUUCCUUAACGGACUGCCUGUGUCGGAGAAGGCUGACUUGUCUCUACCUAGAGGAGUUGGAGAAAAACUAUUACUGCGGUUAGCAGCUGUUGAGCUGGGAUUGGGACUCUCUGCUCUCCUGCCUAAGAGGGCCAUGCAGUUCGGCUCCAGGAUCGCCAAGUUAGAGGACAAUCAUGAAAAGGCUUCAGAUAAGUGCAAAAGGCUUGUCACCACAUAAUUUAAUAUUCUGUCUUUUCUUGGUUUUGUUUUUAACAUACAAUUGAAAUCAUUGGUUUAGGGUAAUGGGAUUGAGUUCAACACCCAUUUGUGAAAAUGAUUCACUCAACAAAGACAAAAAAUGAUGAUGUUUUAUUCUGAAUGUUUUACUCUCAUUAUGUACUACAUUAAAUAAACAGCUGAAUUUUGAA